GCUCUAUAAACUAUCUGCAGAGAAAUGUCCGAGUCUGCAGCGAGUCAGUAUGAGGAUCAGUUCAUCUGUUCAGUCUGUUUGGAUCGGCUGAAGGAGCCGGUGACGAUUCCCUGUGGACACAGUUACUGUAUGAGCUGCAUUACUGACUGCUGGGGCCAGAAGGAGCAGGAGCCGCCGUACUGCUGUCCCCAAUGUAGAGAGAGCUUCAGUCAGAGACCUCUACUGAAGAAGAACACUCUGAUAGCGGAGAUGAUGGAGACGCUGCAGAAGACGUCUCUACAAACGGCUGCUGUGGAGUGUGAUGUUUGCACUACAGAGAAGAGCAGAGCUGUAAAGUCCUGUCUGCAGUGCUUGGCCUCUUUCUGUCAAACUCACCUGCAGCUUCACUAUCAAUCUCCUGCGUUUAUGAAGCACAAACUAGUCCCAGCCUCCAGAAACAUUCAGGAGAACAUCUGCCUCAGUCAUGGGAAACUUCUGGAGAUGUACUGUCAGGAUGACCGUCAGUGCAUUUGUUGCAUGUGUACUGAUAAUCAUAAAGGACACAGUGUUGUGUAUGUGGAUUCAGAAUGGACUAGUAAAAAGAAAGAAUUAGAGGAGAUGAAGGAGGCGCAUCAGAAGCUGAUCCAGGAACGAGAGAGAGGUCAGCAGGAACUCAGAGAAGCUGUUAAACAUCUUAAUAGUUCAGCACAAGAGACCGUGGAGGACAUUGAGAAGGUCUUCACUGAGCUCAUCUGCUCUCUGGAGAAGAAACGCUCUGAGAUUAAAGAUCAGAUCAGAGAUCAGGAGAAGACUGAGAUAGAUCGAGCAGAGAAACUUCACAAACAUCUGGAUCAAGAGCUGACAGAACUCAGAAAAACACAAGCAGAGAUUGAGAAACUUCUGAUUACUGAUGAUCAGAUCCACUGUCUGAAGAGCUGUCAGUCUGUGUGUGUUUUACCCUCAUAUGAAGACGUUCCCAGCUUCACUCAACACACUCAUCUGUCUUUUAAAGACAUUUCAAUCUCUUCAUUCAGAGAGGUUUUGGAGGACGUCUGUCAACAGCAAACAGCCAGAAUAUCUCGAGACGUGUCAAACGUCCAUGUUGCAGAGUCUCCAGAACCUAAAACUCCAGAUGAAUUUUUGCAGUAUUUCCGUCAACUGAAACUGGAUCCAAACACUGCACACAAAAAUAUAAUCUUGUCAGAAAAAAACAAAAAAGCAUCAUAUUCAGAUGAAGUCCAGCAAUAUCCUGAUCACCCAGAGCGAUUUGAUGAAUAUUGUAAUGUCCUCUGUAGAGAGGGUUUGUGCAGUCGCUGUUACUGGGAGGUUGAGUGCAGUGGGGAUAUUUGGGGUGUAGCAGUUUGUUACAAAGGAAUUGGACGUAAAGGAAACCAUGAUGACUGUAGACUUGGCUUCAACAAAACAUCCUGGAGAUUGUCCCGUUAUAAGCAGAAUGUCAAUUUCAUACAUAAUAAUGAGCAAAUUUCAAUCCCUGUUGUCCCUUCCUCUAGAAUAGGAGUGUAUCUGGAUCAGAGAGCAGGAACUCUGUGCUUCUACAGCGUCUCUGACACAAUGACUCUACUACACAGAGUCCAGACCACAUUCACUGAACCCCUCUACCCUGCAUGUGGGGUUUCACAGGGUUCAUCUGUCAGGAUUAUUAAACAGAGAAGGGUUCAGACAGUCCAGAAAUAAAUAUACAGUUAAGUCCAAAAUUAUUCCUACCCAGGCCAAAUAUUUAAUUAUGGUGAAUUUUUCUUUGACACAUAGGGAUCUUCUGGCUGGAACUGACACAAAUCUUCUAUCUUCUUCAAGCCAACCUCAACGUUUUGUUCACAAACUUUACUCAUCUAGUUAUUAAUGUAAUCUUAAACA